AUCGCUUCAGGUGAGCCGUCGAGACUGGCACGCGUUCGCCGUCCCGCAAUUGCAUCGCUGCCGCAACCCACGCAGCAACCCCUGGGGACCACGGCGACCACGCUGCCGACGCGUAGUUGCAAAAACCGAUCGCUGCCGGAAGAACUGAGGGGCAGCCCAUUUUUCACCUUCGCCUACGAAAUCGUCACGGACAACGAUGGGCAAGGGCGCUAUGGGCAAAGGCGCCCAGCAGCACGCCCUGGUCGAUGCCAACGGCGCAACACGCACCAAGGCGAACAAGUGCACCCCGGCCAAGGGCAGCGCGCCGGCCGCCGACAACAACAAAGAAGUAGCGGUCGCGCCCACGGUCUGCGCCGCCUGCGGCAAAGAAGGCUCCAGUCGUUGCUCUAGAUGUAGAGUGUGGUACUGCUCCCAGGAAUGCCAGCGCGGCCACUGGUCCAUUCACAAGGACGAUUGUAAACGAAUUGCGAAGAUCGGAGGAUGGGAAGUAUGCCACGCGGAUGGAAGCGCUAAAAGCGCGGCGCAGGAGGUCAUGGCUCGAAGAGGGUGCGACGAGGGGUUUUGCGGGAUCUGUGGGGGGAGUGCCGCUACGUCGAGGAUCGUGCACAGUGGCUGUGCUUGUAGUAGUGGAGCGCACUUGGCUUGCCUCUCGAGGUGUGCGAGGGAGUACCAGCAGAAGUCCGGGAAGGUGAUUGGCUGGCACCGGUGCUUAGUUUGUGAUCAACCGCACGCGCCGGAUGUGGCAUUAGCAUUGGCCAAGUGCCAGUGGCGCGGCUCCAUCAGUUUACCAGAUAAGUGCUGGGACAAGAUGCGUGCUUUAAGUGUCUUGGCGAAUGCUCUUACUUCCGCCGGUCAACUGGAUGACGCUUUGCGGGUCCAUCGGGCGGAUGUAGCAUUGUGCCAGGCGCAUUUCCCCGAGGAUAGAGAUGCGUUACAAGAAGCCACACAUAAUUUGGCGCAGGUCUAUGGCCUGAAGGGCGACCAUGUGAAGGCGAUUCAUCUGGAGGAGACUCUUUUAACACAGAUCACGCUGGAACGAGGCUCGGACCACCCGCGGACACUCAGAAGGGCUCUUUGUUUGGCCACGGCAAGAGCGCGAGCCGGCGACCCGCGUUCUGAAUUAGGGUUGCUAAAGCGGAGCUACGCGCGAGCGCUGAGGGCUCUUGGUGCGGCUCACCCGGUGACCGUCGACCUAGCUCAUGCGAGAGCCAACGCGUUAUUAGCGGUGAACGGCGACGAUUCCAAGGCCCUAGGGCUGAAGCUCUUCGCCGAGGUUUUGUUGGAGGACGCUUUGAUGCAUGCGAACAAGGCGACGGCCCCGGAGAUCGAGAGCGAUCUGGAAAAUGUGAGGGCCUGGCUCGCGCCGCGGCGCGUGGCCGCGUCCCGGGUCUUCGCGCCCAUGCGGCUGCUGCCGCCCCAACGUUAGUUUGUUUAAGG